AUGCCUGGAAACGCGAAUGGAAUGAACGGCACCAAUGGCCACACUCAGCAUGCUCCGACUGGGUCAAAGAAUGGUGACCAGUUCCGCAGCUACGCAGACGACCGCAACGCCUCAUCAGAGGAUGUUGUUUACACCACCGCCAACGGUGUGCCAUACCCCCAUCCGUAUGAGAGCCAAAGAGUAGGCGAGAACGGCCCUCUGCUGCUCCAAGACCACCACCUUAUCGACCUUCUAUCACAUUUCGAUCGUGAGCGUAUCCCGGAACGAGUAGUUCACGCCAAGGGCGCUGGCGCCCACGGUACCUAUACAACCACAGAAUCAUUCGAGGAUCUGUGUAUGGCAGACAUUUUCAAGCAAGGCAAAUCUUGCCCCGUCACGGUUCGGUUCUCGACUGUCGGUGGUGAGUCUGGCUCGCAUGACUGCGCACGUGAUCCAAGAGGGUUCAGUGUAAAGUUCCGCACCGACGAGGGCAACUGGGAUGUAGUCGCAAACAACACUCCUGUUUUCUUUAUUCGUGACGCCGCCAAGUUCCCUCACUUUAUUCACACUCAGAAGCGUCAUCCAUCAACCCACCUCACCCAUGCUGACGACGCGACCAACUUCUGGGACUUCGCUUCGCAAAACCCAGAGUCCGCGCAUCAGUUCUUGAUUCUUUUCGGUGAUCGAGGUAUUCCUGAUGGUUACCGCAAAAUGCACGGAUACCAUGGCCACACCCAUAAACUGCAAAGUAAAGACGGUAAAAUUUCCUACUGCCAAUUGCAUUUCAAGUCAAAACAGGGCACUGGAUUCAUUACCCAGGAAGACUCGGCGAAUUACAGUCCGGACUAUUCCACAAAGGAUUUGUAUCAAGCCAUCGAGAAGGGCGAUUUUCCUGGCUGGGAUGUCAUGUUCCAAACCAUGACACUUCAGCAAGCUGAGGAAGUUUGGGAGAAGCAGAAGAUUAACGUGUUUGAUAUGACACAUGUUUGGCCCCAGGAUCAGUUUCCGUUGCGCAAAGUCGGAGAAUUCUUUCUCAACGAGAAUCCAACGAAUUAUUUCGCAGAAGUUGAGCAAGUUGCAUUCAAUCCUGCGCAUCUUGUUCCAGGUAUCGAGCCUAGUGCGGACCCUCUGUUGCAAUCGCGCCUGUUCUCCUACCCUGAUACGCACCGCCACCGCAUUGGCGCCAACUAUCAACAGUUACCUGUGAACCAGCCUCGUGUUCCCUUCCGUAUGGGCAAUUUCCAACGCGAUGGUAACAUGGCUUUCUACAAUCAGGGAUCUCGUCCCAACUACCUGUCAUCGAUUCAGCCGAUUUCUUUCAAGGAGAGGACUGUCGAUCUUGACAAAGUUCACGGAAAAUUUACAGGCGAGGCGAUCACCUUCCUGUCUGAGAUCAGACCGGAAGACUUUAACGCACCACGCAAGUUGUGGGAGAAGGUCUUUGAUGACGGCGCUAAGGAGCGCUUCAUCAAAAACAUCUCUGGCCAUAUGGAGACUGUGACGGAUAAGGAGAUUAUCAAGCGCCAGAUUGCUAUCUUCAGGGAGGUGUCUGAAGACAUUGCUUCACGCAUGGAGAAGGCGACUGGUGUUCAGGGCUACUCUGGUAUUGCCGGCUUACGCUUCAAUGGUACACACAACGGUAUGGCCAAGUCACAGGAUAACAAGGUUGCGAACGGAAUGACUGGUCUUUCUGUGAAGUACCAGGAGAAGAACAAGACCAACGGUGCACCAGUUCCAGGCAGCCACCAACAGGUUAAGGUCUAA